AUGCUGACCUUGCCCAUAGAUAUCAUACUUCAUAUCGUUGAUGUAGGUAAUCUAGAAAUAAAGGAUGUUUUCAGUUUGUACAAUGUCAACAAGUUGUUAAAACAGAAGCUACUGCAUCCGUAUUUCUGGAAUGUGCUAUAUAAAAGAAUGUUUGCAACAAUAUAUUCAGAAUUAGAGGUAGACUACAAACCCAUAGACUAUUCCAAAGCAUGCCAUACCAUUUACAAAUGUGAGCUAGAACUAAAACAUUCCAUGGCACAGCUUUACGAACCAAGCAUUUCCUCGCCUCAUGAGAGCAGCAACAAGGUACGCCCGGCUAAUUUACCGUGGACUAGCGAGCAAUACCAACGUUAUUGUUUGGACACCAACUACUUACCCACCCUACUAAAAAUGAUUAAACUGGAGAGUAUCGAGCUUCAACCAACUAUGGAAGAUUCCCAAACCCGUUUGGAUUUCCUCAGGGCUUCUGUUGUGGAACAUUUGCUUUCGAACCAAUUGUACAAUAUUGGUCUCGAAAAUAUACGACGCAUAAACUCCCAAGAGGUGUCACCAGCAUCUGCAGAAAAUAUGCUAUUCAGUUUGAGCUUACUUGAAAGCAAAAGUUAUCGUGAUUUCCAUUUUCGAAGGCGAUUCUUGAGGAGAAAGCUAAAACUACUCGACAAGCACUUGAAAGCAUACGUUGUUCAGACGUAUAGCACUUUGAAUGAUAAUGCUACUAAGCUUAGCUUCUUUCUGCACUAUAUCAAACAAGGCUUUCUGUUUUUGCUUAAAAAUUUGGAGUCACGUGUGGUUGAUGAGCAUUCUAUGAUAGUCGAAAAUUUUGACAUUUUGAAAUUAUACAGUGGGAAAUGCAAGGCUCAUCCCUAUCUUUUAUUUGCAACGGCAAUCAAAGUCGUUUACGCAGGAUGGUCCAACUUUGGGCUUAAAGUACCUGGCUUGGUGAAAUGUCCCGUAUGCAGUCCAUGGUGUUUAGUUUACCAAGACGUCUAUUUUAGUUAUGAGUACGGGACAUUAACGAGUCGCAAGCUUGAAGCUGACUUAGGCUACUGGCUGAACAACCAUCAUCUGAUUUCGUAUUUGUUCCAAUUAUUUCACUUCUAUCGCAAGGUGACUGGACGGAAAAAAACAGAUUUUGCUAAAAUCCUUUACAUACGAUCAUUCGAGGAUUACUGCACAGAUUUAAACUUUUUGACAAAGGUGGAUUUUCCGCAUGAAGGACUGGAUUUCGAUUUUGACUUUGAUCAAUUUGUCGAACAUCUCGAAAAAGAGGAUGCUCUUGUUCAUAAAGUUGUUUUCGAACAGGCUAUUGGGGUAACUGAUAUCGAAGAAGUAGACAACAAUAUACUGCUGCCUCUACGGGGUCACGUUAUAAAAACGAGAUACAACAAGCCUGUAGUGAUUUUAAACACAGAUGGGCUGUUUUACAAUGUUCUUACUGUAUCCGGAACAUUCGAAACUAUUAAAAGCGACCGUGUUCGCAUUUGGCAGUUUACGAAUAUUCAGGAAGUAAAUGCGUUUAUUCGCAUGAUAGGAUUGAACUUGUUAUUUAAUGUGGACUUCCAGUAUGUUGAUAUCAACUUGGAGAAAGGGCGUAUAGUUUUUGGGUGA